AGCUCUGUCCAGCUCACUUUCCAUUCAGCUUCAGCUUUCACACACAUGCACAUCGGAGCACUGCCAAAAGAUUGCUCAGCAUUUCUCUCUCUCACACACACACACACACACACAGACAGAGUCUGAGAGCAUAGAGCAUACCUCAAACUUAAAACUCACUCUGCACAGACACACUGUAGCUUAGACACACACACACACACACUCAUACAUACACACACGUGGUCGUGAGCUUCCAGCCGGGCAACAUGUCAGCGUUGAGGAUUCUCCAGGUGACGUGUACGGUGGUUUUGGCGAGCCUGGUGAUGUCCGAGAAUUACGACGAUCAGUUAAAGGUCACCUUCAGUGAUUACUAUAAUGAGAUCAAUGAGGCAGAGCAAAGCGAGGUAACCGCCCCCACCGAGACUCCCUGCACAUCCCGGGAGCACACCAAGUGGGACAAGCUCUUCACCAUGCUGGAGAACUCGCAGAUGAAGGAGAACAUGCUGCUGCAGUACUCCGACGACAUCGUGAAGGUGGGCCUGGAGUCCCUGCGCGCCGAGGUGCUGGAGAUCAUAGCGCAGAACAGCGGCACUUGUGCGACCGAUGCGGAGAACUCGGCCCGUCGGACCAGCGUGCACAUCGAGGAGAAACUUCUGGAGGCUGUGUCGAGUCUGCAUGAAGCCAUGGCACGUCAUCAGGCACAGUAUGACGUUAUGCUGCAGGAGAUCCUGAAGAGCACUGGGGCACGGCUGGAUAGGAUGGAGAAGAACUGUAUAAAUGCCCAGCUUCAAAGUGUCCAGACAAGCGAUGAGGGAAAUGAAGACAGAGGACAGCUGCAAAGCCCACAAAAGAAAGUUAGCCACUGUGUAGAAGCCACAGCUGGCCAAAUCCUACCUGCAGGGUGCGACAUGGCCCUCUUCUUCCCUAUGCGCUCUACAAAGAUGCAGGCCGAAAUGAUUCCCGAUCGUUCCAUGAAAACCCGCGCCUUAACCCUAUGCAUGUGGAUUAAACCAACCGAAACCCUUAACAAGACCGUGUUGUUCUCCUACGGCACCGCAAGCAACCCGAUGGAGCUGCAGCUGCUGCUCAGUGGGCGUAGCGCCCUCUUCGCGGUAGGAGCAGAAGAGAGUUUAGUGGAGGUACACGAUGCUGUAACUAAGGGACUGUGGGUGCACUUGUGUGGAACCUGGAGCUCGGAACAAGGUAUGGCGUCGCUCUGGGUUGACGGCCACAGAGCAGCGAGUUCUCCUGAUGUUGCCAAGGGGCAUGAGAUUUCCGAUGAGGGGUUUACUAUCCUGGGCCAGAAGUACACCGGAGAGGGUUUGGCCAAGAGAUUCGGCUUCCAGGAGACGUUCAAUGCCAAUGUGGGGUUCACAGGGAAACUGACUGGUGUCAAUGUGUGGGACCGUGUCUUAGAGGAUGGUGAGAUUCUUGAACAAGCGCAGGAGAAUGGAUCGAGCUGCGGUUCCCGUGGCAACCUAGUGGCCUGGGGUGUGUCCCAGAUCAUGGAGAGAGGAGGAGUCAAACUCAUCUACUAGCUGCUCGAUUAAAAAAAAAAAAAAACACAAAAAAACCCAACACAAUCCUGCACGCUUAAAACUUUUACACUUCGAACACGACUAGCCCACUGUACUACUACAAUCACUAUCACAUCCUGCUUAGAUCUAUGAAACCCACUUGCUUGUGGUGGCAAACGUCUUUCAGUUACACACAUGGUCCCGGAGUCCUUGGAACGUACAGAGCUAUGAGAACCAGGAGAACCAAAGAGCAAGGGAACAAACAACAAGCCGGUAUUUUUGGACAGUGUUCUCGUUUUAUCAAGACAGCCUGUGUAUUCUUAUCGUAUUUAUCAGAAUGUUUACAUUCAGCUAACAAACUUUUCAUCCCAUAAUCUUUUGAAACUACUUUUUUUUUUAAACUAAGUAACUUGUUUUUUCUUUGUUUGUCUUUGACAAACAAAGACGCUCGCUAUAUUUCGAUAAAUGAGCUGUGUGAAAUGUUUACAAAGUCUCUCGAGACUUUACCUUUGUUCUGUUAAUGUGAGAAAAAUGUAUUAUACUGUAUUUUUGUUAAGAGGAUGAAAUUAACCUAUAUUGUACAUAGAUUUUUUUUUCUAUUACUCUUACUGAAUGAGUGAAAAUGAUGGAGUUUAAUAAAGAAAAUUGUUAAAUAUC